AUGGGAGCCCGCAGCCGGCUGUGCCCCCGGUCUGCUCACUGUAGCAUUUCUCGCACCUUCUGGUCAGGGCGGACUCGCCGCUCAGUAGCCCGGGCCGUGGCUACGAAUCUAAGCCCCUCCAAGGUGCUGUCGUUUGAGGCCAUCCCGCGCAGCGGCCACAAUGCCUGGGUCAACCUCUUCCAACUCUGGAGGAGCAAGAGCUUACAGAACCUGCACUACAUCAUGCAAAGGAACUUCCAAAACCUGGGACCCAUCUACAGGGAGACAGUGGGCACCAAGGACAGCAUCAAUGUGUACCUCCCCCAGGACGCUGCCCAACUCUUCCAGGCCGAAGGGAGCUUCCCGCAGCGAAUGGGCAUUGACUCAUGGGUUGCCCACCGCACAAUGCGGAACCACAGAUGCGGUGUCUUCCUAUUGAAUGGGGAAGAGUGGCGUUCGGACCGGGUCAUCCUCAACAAGGAGGUCAUCAGUCCCAUGGCCACAAACAAGUUCCUGCCCUUCCUGAACACAGUGGUUGAGGAUUUUGUCGACUUCAUGCACCGGCAGAUAAGGAAGAACACCCGGCGCUCCCUCACGGUCGACAUCUACCAUGACCUCUUCCGCUUCACUCUGGAAGCCAGCAGCUAUUCCUUGUACGGGCAACGGCUGGGCCUUCUGGACGAGAGCCCCAACCCGGAGUCGCAGGAGUUCAUCCAGGCUGUGGAGACGAUGCUGCAGACCACCCUGCCCAUGCUCUUCGUCCCACCGGGCCUCAUGCGCUGGAUGAACAAGAAGCUCUGGGACGACCACAUGAAAUCCUGGGACAUCAUCUUUAAGCAUGCUGACAAAAGCAUCCAGAAGAUCUACCAGGAGUUCUGCCUGGCGCAGCCCCGCAAGUAUUCCGGGAUCAUGGCUGAGCUGCUUCUGCAGGAGGAGAUGUCCCUGGACUCCAUCAAGGCCAAUAUGAUAGAGCUAAUGGCAGGUGGGGUGGACACGACAGCCAUGCCGCUGAUCUUCACCCUCUUUGAGCUGGCCCGCAACCCACAAGUCCAGGCAGCCAUUCGUGAAGAGAUCAAGGGUGCUGAGGCCCAAGGGCCCCGGGAACUCUCCAAGGUGCUGAAUGGUUUGCCACUACUCAAGGGGGCGAUCAAGGAGACUUUGAGGAUGUACCCCGUGGGGAUUACUGUGCAGCGCUACCCAGCGCGAGACAUCGUGCUUCAGAAUCACCAUGUGCCAGCUGGAACCUUGUGCCAGCUGUCCCUCUACACCCUGGGCCGGAGCCCGGAGGUGUUCAGCGAGCCAGAGCGCUACAACCCGGCCCGCUGGCUUGGCAAAGAGGUCAACAGCUUCAAGGCGCUGGCGUUUGGCUUCGGGGCCCGUCAGUGCAUUGGCCGGCGCCUGGCUGAGGCAGAGAUGCAUCUCUUCCUCAUGCACGUCCUGCGGAACUUCAAGAUUGACACCGCCUCCAAGGCAGACCUGAAGACGAUCUACAGCUUCAUCCUCAUGCCAGAGAAGCCUCCGCUGUUCACCUUCCGGCCCCUCGAUUAG